AUGCUUCUUCUCGACUACCAAAACGUGCUUAUCGAGUCCCUACUCAGGGAACGAAUCAAUGGAGGAGCUACCGCCAACAUUGACCAGGUCGUCUCCGACUUUGACGGCGUCACCUUCCACAUCUCGACACCGGAGAGCAAGACAAAGAUACUAGUGUCGUUGCACAUCAAGUGCUUCAAGGAGCUGGUCCAGUAUGGCGCGCAGGCAGUGCUGGAGCGAGAGUAUGGGCCUUACAUCGUGGAGCCCGAGUCUGGCUACGACUUCUCAGUGCUGGUCGACUUGGAGAACCUACCGGAGGAGCAGGAGGCCAAAGAAGACCUGGUCCGACGUGUGUCCCUCCUAAAGCGGAACGCCAUGGCUGCACCCUUCGAGCAGGCCUUUGACGAAUUCCAUGAAUUGCAGGAAGAAGCUUCCAAAUACACAUCUGAGUCGGCGCCGCAGGGUGUAGCAGAAGGAGGUGCCGUGCGCGCGAUCCACUACAGAGAGGAGGAGGCCAUCUACAUCAAGGCCAGCCACGACCGUGUCACCGUCAUCUUCUCCACUGUGUUCCGGGAAGAGACAGACAGGAUAUUCGGAAAGGUGUUCCUCCAGGAGUUCGUCGACGCCAGACGGAGAGCUAUUCAGAACGCACCACAAGUACUCUUCAGGAACGACCCACCCCUAGAGCUCCAGGGCAUUCCAGGAGUCGAUAACUCUGGCUCAGCUGAGAUCGGCUACAUCACAUUUGUGCUCUUCCCUCGCCAUCUUGCCAAGCAACGGCGUGAGGAUGUUAUCUCGCAUAUCCAAACUUUCCGAGACUACUUUCACUACCACAUUAAGGCUUCAAAGGCUUUCAUCCACACAAGGAUGCGCAAGCGGACUGCAGACUUCCUCCAAGUUCUUCGCAGAGCCCGACCCGAGGCAGAGGAGAAGGAGCGCAAGACAGCCAGCGGUCGUACUUUCAAGGUUCAAGCAUAG